GAUAAGGAAUCAAUUUUGAAAAAGACUUAACAGUCACUGAAUACUCUCCACUGAGAAUCAGAAAAGGAGUGAGACAGCAUGAAAUGAGGCCUCCUUUCUGAUUUUGGUGGCUUUCUGAUUGUGAACCAAUACUGUGGGACACUGUUUGCAUCCCCAGGUUAAUAAUGCUUGUAAGCCAGAGGUGAAAGUGGCUCAGCAGUGUGACAUCAGGAAGUCUGGCAGACUGGAAGAGAACAGAUCUACCCCCCAGGGUAGCUGCUAAGUGUGAAACAUGGAAGAAAGUAAGAAUGAGAAGGUGAACCAGGCUCAUGUUCUCUUUGACAGAUUUGUCCAGGCUUCAACCUGCAAGGGGACUCUCAAGGCUUUCCAAGAGCUUUGUGAUUACCUCGAACUAAAACCCAAGGACUAUCGUUCUUUCUAUCACAAACUCAAGUCCAAGCUAAAUUACUGGAAGGCCAAAGCCUUGUGGGCCAAACUGGAUAAGAGAGGCAGCCAUAAAGACUACAAGAAGGGGAAAGCGUGCGCCAACACAAAGUGUCUGAUAAUUGGGGCUGGACCCUGUGGCCUUCGUACAGCCAUCGACCUAUCAUUCCUAGGAGCGAAGGUGGUGGUCAUAGAGAAGAGGGAUGCCUUUUCCCGCAACAACGUUCUGCACUUGUGGCCAUUCACCAUACACGACUUGCGGGGUCUUGGCGCCAAAAAGUUCUAUGGCAAAUUCUGCGCAGGAUCCAUAGACCAUAUCAGUAUCCGUCAGCUCCAGCUUAUCCUUUUGAAGGUUGCCUUGAUCUUGGGAAUUGAGAUCCAUGUCAAUGUGGAAUUUCAGGGGCUUGUUUACCCUCCCGAGGAUCAGGAGAAUGAAAGGAUAGGUUGGCGUGCAUUGGUCCACCCAAAAACACAUCCAGUAUCUGAGUAUGAAUUUGAAGUAAUCAUUGGAGGGGAUGGCAGGAGAAACACCUUAGAAGGGUUUCGCCGAAAAGAGUUUCGUGGCAAACUAGCAAUUGCUAUCACAGCAAACUUCAUCAAUCGCAACACCACAGCUGAAGCCAAAGUAGAAGAAAUCAGCGGUGUGGCCUUCAUAUUCAAUCAGAAGUUCUUCCAGGAUCUGCGAGAAGCCACAGGUAUUGACUUAGAGAACAUUGUCUACUACAAAGAUGAUACACACUACUUUGUCAUGACUGCCAAAAAGCAGAGCUUGCUGGAUAAAGGAGUGAUACGGCAUGAUUUUGCUGACACAGAGUUAUUACUCUCACGGGAGAAUGUAGAUCAGGAGGCCUUGCUAAACUACGCCAGAGAAGCAGCUGACUUCUCCACUAAUCAGCAGCUGCCAUCACUGGACUUUGCCAUCAAUCACUAUGGUCAGCCAGAUGUGGCUAUGUUUGACUUCACGUGUAUGUAUGCAUCAGAGAAUGCAGCACUGGUGCGAGAGCAGAAUGGCCACCAGUUACUUGUGGCGUUGGUUGGGGACAGUCUCUUAGAGCCUUUUUGGCCAAUGGGAACUGGAAUAGCCAGGGGGUUUCUGGCUGCAAUGGACUCUGCUUGGAUGGUACGAAGUUGGUCACUCGGAGCUAGUCCUUUGGAAGUUCUUGCAGAGAGGGAAAGCAUUUAUAGGCUACUGCCUCAGACAACCCCUGAGAAUGUGAGUAAAAACUUCAGCCAUUAUAGCAUUGAUCCUGCCACCCGGUAUCCCAAUAUCAACGUCAACUUUUUGCGGCCGCAGCAGGUGCGCCACUUGUAUAAUACAGGAGACUUGAAAGACAUUCACUUGGAAAUAGAAAACUUUGUGAACUCCAGGACACCAAAGCUUACUCGGAAUGAGUCUGUAGCUCGCUCCAGUAAAUUGCUCAGUUGGUGCCAGAGGCAGACUGAUGGAUAUGCUGGUGUAAAUGUGACAGAUCUCACAAUGUCAUGGAAAAGUGGCCUAGCUUUGUGUGCCAUUAUCCACAGAUACCGUCCAGACCUAAUAGACUUUGAUUCUUUGGAUGAGCACAGCGUGGAGAAAAAUAACCAGCUGGCCUUUGACAUCUCUGAAAAAGAGUUUGGAAUAUCUCCCAUUAUGACUGGAAAGGAAAUGGCAUCUGUUGGAGAGCCAGAUAAACUGUCGAUGGUGAUGUACCUCACACAGUUCUAUGAGUUGUUCAAAGACACCAUCCCCUCUAGCGACAGUCUGGAUCUGAAUGCAGAAGAAAAAGCUGCCCUGAUUGCCAGUACCAAAUCUCCCAUCUCUUUUCUCAGCAAACUGGGACAAAGCAUCUCUCGGAAACGCACUCCAAAGGACAAAAAGGAAAAGGAACUGGAUGGUGCAGGAAAGAGGAGGAAAACGAGCCAGUCUGAGGAUGAGGACCUCCCUCGAAGCUACAGAGAAGAAAGGCCCACACUGGUGAGCGCCCUGACAGAGAGGAGAAUUGAUGCUGCUGUUGGGAAUCAGAACAAAGUGAAGUCCAUGGCCACCCAGCUACUGGCCAAGUUUGAGGAGAAUGCACCAGUGCAGUCCUCAAGCUUACGGAGACAGCAGCCUGUUCUGCCUUAUCAAGAACGUGUUCACAACCAACCAUCCAGCAGACGAGAACAGGGCCGUCUUGCUUCUGUGCCCCAGUGGAAACAGCUGAGGAGUAAGGAACGUUCUCGGACCUGCCCCAAAAAAGUGAUCAUGCUCUCUUCUUCCACUCCACCUUCCUCUCCACCGUAUCUCAGACAGCAGAGAAACAGGGAACGUUGUGCUGAUUCUCCUGGGGAGCAGAGUCCCAGACAGGAAAGGAGAUCUCCUCGAUUUUUUUCUGAUGACCAAGUGCCCGAGAAUGUUGAACAAAGGGCAUGUCAACUGGCUGCCCUUCUGGAGCCCAGGCCUACAGUGAGGCAUCAGCCUGAGACUGAACCGUCUCGCCGAUUCUUUGUUGACCAGUGGGAGCUCUCCCUUAGCCUCCGUUCUUCUAAUCGCCCUUCUUCACCCUCAUCUGACUCCCUUCGACAGAAGUAUAUAAAGAUGUACACAGGCGGAGUGAGCUCAUUGGCUGAGCAGAUAGCCAAUCAGCUUCAAAGGAAAGAGCAACCCAAAACCCUUCUAGACAAGAAGGAACUGGGCUCGCUUAAAAAGGAGUUCCCCCAAAACGUGGGAGGCAGCGAUGUCUGUUACUUCUGCCACAAGCGAGUCUAUGUGAUGGAAAGGCUGAGUGCUGAAGGCAAGUUCUUCCACCGCAGUUGCUUCAAGUGUGAAUACUGUGCCACCACUCUGCGCUUGUCAUCUUAUGCCUAUGAUAUUGAAGAUGGUAAAUUCUACUGUAAGCCUCACUACUGUUACCGACUCUCUGGUUAUGCUCAGAGGAAGAGGCCAGCAGUGGCUCCUCUGUCAGGAAAGGACACCAAAGGACCUCUGCAGGACGCCAUGACAAGUGAUGGGAAUGGACGGGCAAAUUCCAUCUCCGCCUCAGCAGAGAGGACCCCAGGUGCUAACGUAAAUGGGCUGGAAGAGCCUAGCCUUGCCAAGCGACUGCGUGGCACACCUGAGCGGAUUGAGCUGGAGAAUUACCGACUGUCACUGCAACGGGAAGAAGAACUGGAAGAGGUUCCUGAAGAGACACUGGCAGAGCAUAACCUGAGCAGUGUAUUGGACAAAGCAACAGAAGAUGAUGUGCCCAGCAGUAGUUCAGAGUCUGAGAUGGAGGAGGAAGAUGAGGAAGAUGAUGAUGAACUACUGCAGCCUCAGCAACCUCCUUCAGACUUGGGUGGUGUGCCAUGGAAAGAGGCUGUGCGAAUCCAUGCCCUCCUGAAGGGAAAGAGUGAAGAAGAGAUUGAGGCUGAGGAGAAUCUUGAGAUAGAAGACAAAGAGGGAGAAUAUGACGAGGAGGAAGAAGACGAAGAGGAGGAAGAUGAGCAGUCUAGCGAAGCUGGAAACCUUAGACUGCAGCAGAUUGUAAAUCCGGUUGAUCCCUUGGAGAUCCUGGCAGAUGUGCACUGGACACACAUCCGUGAAAAAGAGGAGGAGGAAAAAAUGGUCCCAGCCUCAAAGUCCUCCACCUCCAGAGCUCCAUGUGAGGAUAACGAAGUGGAGGACGAGCUGGGCACAGAGCCUGCAGACACAGAAGGGCAAGCAGGUGAAGAGGGAGACACAGGUGCAGAACUGGAUGACGAUGACAUCGCAUCUGAUGCAGAAGCUGAGUUUCGCUUACAUCGAGGUGAUAUAGAAGAGCCAGAACUGAAAGUCUCUGAAGAUGAAGAAGAUGAAGAAGGAACAGAAGGUGCUUCUUGCAGUGUGACAAAAGAUCUGUGCAAGCCAUCCAUCCCUAUCCAGCCAGCUAAUGACAGUGUUCUUCCUCUGUCUCCUGUUGAUAGUCCCAAAGCAAAACAAACAGAGGAUGUAAAACAUCCCCUUGCUGCAGUAUCCCAUGCUGUAAAAUCUCCAGAGACACCCUUUUUUCCUGAGCCUUUCGUUCUUGAAGAAGGACCAAAAGAUGAAAUCCCAAAAGACAGGAAAGUUAAGAGCACUUCGGUGCCAGUGUCUCCAGUAUUAUCCCAGCCAGUUGCAUCACCAGAAGUCAUUGCACCUCUGUCGCCAGAAGAGUCUCAGCCAGCGGCACUGACAUUGGCUUCAUCCCCAACAUCUGCUCAAACGCCUAUCUGUUCACAGCCUCUGCCUUCUACUGAAGCAUCCAUUCCAUCUCCAGCGGAGCCUCCAGUAUGUUUCCAGCCAGUCCCAGCCUUAACGUCUACUCCUCUGGCCAAACUGGUCCUAAGGAGCCAGGAUAGUGAGGUGGAAAAAUUGGGGAGCCCUACUACUGCAGAAGAAGCCCUGAAACGGAGUAAUCUUGUAGAAGAGUUCUGGAUGAAGAGUGCUGAAAUCCGGAGGAGCUUAGGCCUCACCCCAGUAGACAGAAACAAACGCUCAGAGCCAAGUUUGACCGUAUCUGCCCUUGAGACAACUCCUCUGAAGUCUUUUAACAGUGAGAAUGUUUCAGGGGAGGAGAGGAUGCAUCUUGUGAAACCCCAGCCUGCUCCAAGAAGACAGGGACUGUCCAAGUUAGAAAACGAGCAGAUUUCUCUGCUCACUCCAAAAUCUCCAUCAGAAAAAGAUCUGAAGAGUUCCCAUGAAGUAAGGAGAGAUGUAUCCAGCAGUUCUGGACUUGGCCUUCAGGAGAGCUCAUCUAACAUGAGAACACUGGCUAGCCAGAGCUUCAACACUUCUGACUCUACCAUGCUUACUCCUCCGUCAAGUCCACCUCCACCACCUCCUCAGGAUGAAGAACCAGCCACAUUGCAUAAAAAGAGGCAUCAAGCAAUUUGGCAGAAUGAGGUUGAAGCCAAGUCACCUCCAACACCAGCAUCAACACCUCCUGCUCCCCUACGCUACGAGCCAACCUCUGCUGCCAAAGGGUCAACCCAAGCCAAAAAAGAAGACGUGCGGAAGUCUUUUGCAGAGAGUGUAGAUGAGAUUCCAUUUGCUGAUGAUGUAGAGGACACGUACGAUGAGAGGACAGAGAACACAAGCCUUCGUGAGAAGUUCUUUACACCUCCUACCAGUAGACCAAGGCCAGAGAAACCACUUCUUUUGCCCUUGGUCAAAGAAAAUGGUGGUCCACCCUCAAUGGAAGGAGGGGUUAACCAAAAAAAAAGAGUGCUACCUGGAAUUUCUCCAGAAGCCAAGGAGCUUGCUGAAGAAAGAAUGAGAGCCAGAGAGAAGUCUGUCAAGAGCCAAGCACUACGUGAUGCCAUGGCUAAACAGUUGUGUAAAAUGAAAGAUAUGGAGAUGGCUGCAGCUGCUGCUGCUGGGGCUGCAAGGGCACGAAAGGUAUCUUCCAUGCCCUUGAAGACCAAAGAGCUGUUUUAUGACUCUCCAAAACAUUUGGCCUUGAAAGUAGCAGAGAGCUCCACACUAAAGCAUGAUGCUGCUGGUGAAAAGUUCUCCACUCCUCCUGCUGAUGUGGCUGGGCCUGAAGGGUCCGUCACCUCUUCAGAAGGCUCCAGUGGAAAGAGUAAGAAAAGAACUUCUCUUUUCUCCCCUCGUAAGAAUAAAAAGGAGAAGAAAUCCAAAAAUGACAGCAGGCUUUCUGACAAGUCUAGUGGUGGGACAGAGGAAGCAACAAAAACUAGAUCAUUAUGGAAGUCUGUUUUUUCUGGGUAUAAGAAAGACAAGAAGAAAAAGGCUGAUGACAAAUCCUGCCCAAGCACUCCCUCAAGUAGCGCCACUGUGGAUUCUGGCAAGCACAAGGCUUCUGCAUUGGUUACAGCAGCAGAUUUGCAGCUCCGUCGACACUUGAGUUUCUCAGAGGACUCUGACCUCUCCAGUGAUGAUGUUUUAGAACGUUCCUCCCAGAAAUCCAAGCGAGAGUCGAUUUAUGUACCACACGCCUUGGCAUUCAAGAGAUCAUAUUCGUCAAAGAGAGCCUACACGGAAGAGGAACUGAAUGCCAAGCUGACUCGGCGGGUACAGAAGGCUGCCCGUAGACAAGCCAAGCAAGAGGAGCUAAAAAGGUUACAUAGAGCCCAGAUCAUCCAGCGCCAGCUUGAACAAGUGGAAGAGAAGCAGAGGCAACUUGAGGAGAGAGGGGUUGCUGUGGAGAAGGCCCUUCGGGGAGAAGCAGACUAUUGGGGAGAGUCUUAUUACAGUGACCUCAUCGACUUGCAUCUGGGUGGCAUGGGGAAGAAGGAUGAUCCAAAGCUGAUGCAGGAGUGGUUCAAGCUGGUACAGGAGAAAAAUGCAUUGGUUCGCUACGAGUCUGAACUGAUGAUAUUCGCUCGGGAACUGGAACUAGAAGACAGGCAGAGUCGAUUACAGCAGGAACUCCGGGAGAGGAUGGCAGUGGACGAUCAUCUGAAGACAGAUGAGGAGCUCUCAGAGGAGAAGAGGAUCCUGAAUGAGAUGCUAGAAGUGGUAGAGCAGAGAGAUUCUCUUGUGGCUCUCCUGGAGGAGCAACGGCUUCGAGAAAAAGAGGAAGACAAGGACCUGGAGGCAGUUAUGCUUUCCAAAGGCUUUAGCUUGAACUGGUCCUGAGCUUAAAACAUUUACCUCUGCUGGUCUGUGUUGUCCAGUUGGCCUACCCUGAGUUUGCCAGAAUUACAUGGAUAGGAAGAUACUGAAGGGGAAACCUCGGAAGGGUCUGCCAGCAUGCAGGGAUUCAGUCUGAAGCACUCAGAAGCCUUUUGAUAAGUGUGUUGGUUCCAGAAGCUUAAGUUUCAUAUGUUUGCAAGCCAAGUUGAAGAUAGUGGGCUGAGACUAUGCAGUCUCCUUGAGGUCCCGUACAAUGGACUAUAUUUUUUCCUUGUGGUAGGAGGGAAAGGAAUAAACUCUGGUGUGUGGGGAAGGAGGUUAAGGGGAGAAGUACCCUUAACUAAACUGGAUUUUUGGCAGUCCAUUCCUUUCUCAUUUUCACUACACCAGUUCUAAUAAGAGAGAGGGAAGUGACAACCCUCUCUGGAGAACCACAGCAGCCUGUAGCAGCCUGUAUGGAGGAGUCGGCUAUCCAAGAGAGCUCCAGAAGCCCAGGGCAGCACCUUCUUUGCUUUAGUCUUUUUCCCCACCAAAGAAACCUGCAGUUGAUUAUUAUGUAUGGAUAUGAAGAAAUAUGAGACAGAGAAGAUUCUGCUAGUAUGUGUGAUGGAACUCUCUGCCUCCUGUUUUUCAGAGAGAUUUGGGCAUCAGAGGACUCUCUCCCUAUCGUAGUCUCCUAAAUUUUGUUAUUGCUGUGGGGAGAAAAGGGGAGAAGAUGAGAGGGAAGAUGCCCUUCUGCUUUGCUACACACUGGAGAGAGAGCUACCGCUGGCCUUAGUCUUCAUGGCCACAGCUCAGAGGCUGAUGGGUUUCUUUGUUCUGUUUUUGUUUUGACACUGGAAAAUACUGACUGUGGGACAGUAGUAAGUGUGUGCUGGGGUAGGGGUGUUACCAGGCGUUCCCUGGUUGUUAACUCCUAAAAGGGAGAAGCCCUUAAGUGACUGAACCACCAUUAAGACUUUUCAGUGUUUUUAUUUUUUCCUCUGUAUUUUGUUUUUGCACAUUGAAAACGAAGCUUAAGACCUGCCUGGGCCCUCAGUCACUUUGACCCUUUUAUGUCAAUUAACUUAUUUUUUUAAUACUUGAAAAAAGAUUCAUUUUUGUAUCUUUUAAGAAAAAUAUGGACGAGUGAUGGGUGUGUGUGCCUGCUGCAUCCUACAACUUCCACUUCUAAAUUACUGGACAUUGUUACCUGUGGCUAUUUAUUAGCGUUCUUAAUAAUGUUAAUGUUACACAUCUUUGAUUGUGGAGGGGGUGUCUGUUAGAGGAAGACACUACUGCGCAUUGGUCCCUGCUUCACAACAAGGGCAGCCUUUAUGGACCCAUGGAUGCAUCCUGCCCUAGGAGACUUCCUUUACGAUGAAAUCUGGUGUGUUCAUGGAGUUGUAAGAAUCUAUUUGUGUUCCUAGCAUACUUUUCUUCUGCAUCCCAGAUUCCUCCUGGGAUAAACCUAUAAUUUAUUUAAAUAUUAAAUGUUUAUAACGGGAAAGCCAAAACUGUGAGGUAGAGAUAUCCCAUAUGCCUCUUUCUCCCUGAAAGAGGGGACCCUCGCACUCUUGAGAUACAGCUAGCGGGACUUCCAUGUAAACAAAAAUAGCACAUUUCAUGCUGCAUCUGUUGGAGGAAGCUCCUUUUGGCUCAGCUAGUGAAGCUGCUGCUUUUAAACCAGGAGGGUGCUCAUUGUAAUCCUACAUUAAGUAAUGAACAGGACAUGCACUGAGCAAUUCAGCACCAUUCACUGUUUGACAGAUUUCCUGAGCACACUACACCCUUAACUUGUCACACAGAGCUGAAAUAGCAGUGUGCGCUGGGUAGGUGUCUCAUCCUUAAUGUGGUAAUGUUAAGAGUUUUUUCCCCUUGGGUUGUUGACUAUUUUCUUUUCUUGUUAAGAAAUACUAAGCCUGCUCCUCAGUGUCUUUGAGGAAGUGUCUCAUUCCCAAGCAUAUUCAUACAAUGCACUGACUUCCUGCUUGAUGAUAUGCUGUUUGGUGCAAGAUACCCAAGCAGGGUUGGGCAUCCUUUAAUCUUUUACCUCAGGAUAGAAGGUAACGUGGUUUCUUGCUGCUGGCUCUCUGCCUUCCACAAAGAUGUCUUCUGUUAGCCAGGGUCUAAAAUCUGAACUCAUAUCUGACUCCUGAACAUAUCUCAAGCUAAGGACAGUCCCCAGAGACUCUCAGCAGUGCUUGUUAACUGUGCAAACAUGUUUUUUCCACCUCAAAUGUUUUCCCUUCAUCCUCCAUAGUGUUUUCUGCUGAAGCAUUACAAAUUAAACCCAAACGUUCAUGAAACAAAGCAGACAAGCAGCUGUUGUGCUGCUUAGUAAUUGUGCAUGUUAGCAAGUGGUACCUGCUAUACCAGUAUCAUGGGACAAAACUCCUUUAAGUGUUGGUGUACCAACGAGGCAUCUGCGAACAGAACUUCCCCCAUGUACCAGUGCGGAGGCCAGCUGCAGAAGUCACAUUGUCAGUGGUAGUUUACAUAGUCUGUGUUUGAGUGGUCAGUGGAAAUUGGAGAGGAGGAGGGAAGAGAGGGAAACUAGACAGUAGUUGAUUGUAAAUUCUCUUGUACAGAGAAUUGGCCUCUGUCCACUUCAUAGUGCAGUAUGUAUAUGGAGCACAUCUGACUUUGAAUAAAAAAAUCAUUGAAUGUGAGCUGUAAAACAGAAAUCCUGAAGAAGAAAUAUCAGAUUACUACUUCUCCCUUUAGUACUGAAGGACACUGGCCAGAUAUUUGCAAAGCUGAACAAUGAUAUCACUUGAGGGUGUAAUGCCCUACUGCAGGGGAAGAAGCACAUACUCUAAAACUCUUUAGGUUAUGUUGAAGUCCUCCAGCACUGAGAAUGAAAAUGAAGACCUAACAUUGCACACACACAAAUUAGUUAAAAAUACAUGAAUGGGAAUCUUAAAAGGCCUUUUUCUACCAAAAUGGUAGUAAAAGGCACAACUUGUACUUGUUGUUCAGUUGCACUUUAACAAUAUAACUUGCAUAUCAGAUACUGGGGUUUUUUACUAUCUUAAUAUUUUUAAUUCAAAUUUUGUAUUUUUAAAGCUGAAGGAGGCUCUUGUGACCACAAGAUUCCUUAUUUGUAUCAGAAUCCAAGUAGGAUGUCUUCUAGCUCUUUGUGCUAUCCAAGCAGGCAAUAGCACGUGGCUCAGUCAUGUGCAUUCAGUGAUGUGUGGCUGUUUCGCAUAUGAAUGAAGGGAAAGGCCCUCAGCUUCUGAGAAGUGGGCAUGCAACAGCAGGUGCCAUCCCCUUUUGUGAUGCUGUCCAUACCAGGGGCUGGGCGCUCAGUCCAUGUGAUGGAAGGACAGCUGGGUUUGGAGCCUGACCUGUGCUUGUUUUAAAAUGGGCACACUGCAGAUGGGGGAGCGCUUAAGUCCCCUAAGGGGAAGGGAGGGGGAUACUGUCUCCUGGGGACACCCAGGAGGUAAAUGGGGAUGGGGGAGUGAGGACUGCCAAAACAACCAAUCUGCUGUUUUCACAAUACAAACAACAUUUUUAACUGUUUUGUUUCUUUUACUAUGUUUUCAUUAAAACUCAAAAAUGGCUGUAAAAUCCUGAGCUUCAGAGAACUGUGUGUGGGGAGAUGACAUGAUUACCUUUCAGCUCCAACUUCCAGACAUACUCCUCCCUUUUUCAGUUAUCCAAAACCCCAUGGUCUCGCUAGGGCAUGUUACAAACCGCGUUGCUGAACAUAUUUUAGAGCAAACCGCAUGUUUUAAAAGUCUGUCCUUCUCUAACCGUCUCUGCAUUUUAUGUAAAUACUCAUUUGUAUGUAAAGACACCAGUGGAUCCUUGGGUUACCCCUGCGGCCAAGAACCUGAGUUUUGUGCAAUGCCUAGGCCUCUAUUAGAACACAGUGCUUGCAUAGAGCUAGUCACCACGUUUGUGUGCACUCUGGUGGUUUUUAAUAUUUUUAUACAUUCUAAUCCUGAACAUUACGAAGUAUUAUAAGUGGUCUAGACUGCAUGAUCUAGAGCAGCCAGCAGUUUCAUUUUCUUAGCAAUUGUUCCUAAAAUGUCCACAGCUACACCUUGUUUGGUUAACAUUCUUUUGAGUCUUCAGUUAAAUGUUUACACCAGACACCAGUGGAUGAGAAAGGCGUUGCAUUAUAAAAUCUCCUGUGUACAAACUGAAAAGCCACGAUAUGGCUGUGUCAGGAGUUUAAAUUGUCACAGUCUGCAAUAAAGAGAACUCUAAAGCAUACUAAAAACCAGCCUGUAUAUAAUUCACAGAGAAAGAGAUUGCUUGCUCUUGACCAUUGCAAAAUAACAGAGAUUGGAAGUUUUCCAAAUGUUUCGGCUUUUGGAUUGCUCAGAGUACUGCUAUAGGCGGCAGGGUAGCUGGACAGAUGAGGAUGUCAUUGAGAGUGUAGACGUUAAGGGGAGAAUGCCAUGUUCUGAUGGUAUUGCAGUAAUUUAAAUACUCUCGAUAUGUGUGCGUGCGUGUGUGUGUGAAGUCUAAUCCAGGUGAAGGGAUCUGCUUUAGCAUCUUCCCUUUUUGUAUGAAAGUGAACUCUGAUAUUCAGAUUGUUCAAGGCUUUUAUGGUUGGCAUAUAUGGAGUGUUAACAAAAAAGUGUAUACCCUACCUGUAAAAAAAACCCAAAAAACCAACUCUGUUCCAGCCUGUUUUCUUCUGUUUGGUUGUGUUUUAUUGUUUGUUUUGAUGCACACUUGCUUUGUUGGUGUUGAGAUUUUAGCACCUCAGAUGGCCAACUGAACUAAAAAAAUAAAGUCAAUUAAUUAUUUUUU